AUGGCAAAAGAUUUUCUGAACGAUGCUCUUUCCGACGACACGUCCAAGAAUGGCUACCUCUUGGACAUAUCGAUAUAUUCGAAGCGGGGAUACAAGGAUCGCAAAGGGCUGCAGAUUGUCGACCACGAGCGGAUCGAGUUUAAACAUGGUGAAGCAGACUGGGACAGCAUCAUCUCGCGUGAGUCACGGCCCCAGCAUCCCGAAGAUGGAGCUUGGACAUCUCGCGGCCAGUUGUACGAGUCGCCUUUUGAGGAGGAAGCAUGUCAAACACUGGUCGCUGUUUCCGCCGACGCUAAGAUCCGGACGCAACUGCGAAAUCUGGUAUGCAAGUACAUCGAGAAUAAUGUCACCCUUCACGAACUGGAUUAUCAGCCGGACGAACGUUGA